CUGCAGAGAGGUGCUCGUCGGACCAGUUUUCAGAGGCAGAGUUUGGCUAAAAGUUUUUGGGGACGUCUUCGCAGCCUGAGGAUAAAACCGAAGGGAGCUGGAUUUUGUUUUGUUUAGAGAAAGGCUGAGCUGGAAUGAGUUUUAUGUGACGGGUGGUUUAAUAGAAGUGUGGAUUUGAGGCGGACACACAGCCAACAGCAGCUGAACAGGAACGUGAAUGUGUUUGAUCUGAUCACUGGAGGGAUAACACAGCUCAGCACACUCUGCAGCUGUGAGGUCUCUGCAUCUGGACCAUGUUCUCCUCUGCCACCGCGUACAAAAACCAGCACUACGCUGAGCUGAAAAGCAACUGUAUCAGGGACAAGACGCUGUUCGAGGAUCCAGAAUUUCCAGCCAUCAAUACAUCGCUGUAUUUCAGGAAACCGCCUUCUGGUACUGUGCAGUGGAAACGACCCGGGGAGAUAUCCAAUGAUCCCCACCUGUUUGUGGAGGGCAUCAGCUCCCAUGACCUGAACCAGGGUGUGGUGGGGAACUGCUGGUUCGUGGCUGCCUGCUCCUGUCUGGCCCUGAAGCCAAACCUCUGGAAGAAAGUGAUCCCUAACUGGAAGGAGCAGGAGUGGGAUCCUAAACACCCGGAGGGCUACGCAGGAAUCUUCCACUUUCAAUUCUGGGUGUUUGGAGAGUGGGUGGAUGUGGUGGUGGACGACCGGCUGCCGACAGUCAAUGGAGGACUCAUCUACUGUCAUUCAAAAGACAACAAUGAAUUCUGGAGCGCGCUGCUGGAGAAGGCCUACGCCAAGCUCGCCGGCUGCUAUGAGUCUCUGGAGGGGGGAAACACUGGAGAAGCUGUGGUGGAUUUCAGUGGCGCUGUGGCUGAAGCCAUUAACCUGGAGGAGGAAGCCUUCUACAAAGACCAGGAAAAACAAGACAAGCUGUUUGAGGACCUACUGAAGGUCUACGACCGUGGAGGAAUCAUAAGUUGCUCCAUUAAGGCAGAGCCUCAUGAAAUCGAGGCCAAGAUGGCUAACGGGCUGGUGAAAGGACAUGCGUACGCCAUCACCGCGGUGAAGAAGGUGCGUUUGGGUCACGGGCUGCUGGCGUACUUCAAGAAUGAAACCAUCCCCCUGAUGCGCAUGAGGAACCCCUGGGGCAAGAUUGAGUGGAAAGGAGCCUGGAGCGAUAGCUCUGAGGAAUGGUCAAAGGUCGGGGAUACAGAGAGGGGCAACCUCGGCAUCACGGUGGAGGACGAUGGAGAGUUCUGGAUGUCUUUCGCAGAUUGGUGCAAGUACUUCACAGAUGCAGAUAUUUGCCGUAUCAUCAACACUUCGCUGAUCAGCAUCGACAAGACGUGGAAUGAGGCUGUGCACUUUGGGAGCUGGACCAAAAAUUCAGAUCCUCUAUUGAACCGCUGUGGCGGUUGCGCCAACCACAAGCAGACGUUCCUGCAAAAUCCACAGUAUUUGUUUAACGUGACGAAGGAGGUCGAUGAAGUUCAAAUCUCCUUGCAACAGAAAGACGUGAAGAUCCAAAGACGAGUUGGCCAAGGAGAAAAUAUAACCUUUGGCUUUAUUAUCUUUAAGGUGGAGCUGAACAGGAAGUACCGGAUGCAUGACAUCCUGACCCAGCAGGUCGUGGGGACAUCCAUCUACAUCAACGCCCGGUCGGUGUUCAUGAGGUGCAUGCUGCCGAAGGGCCGCUACAUCGUCUUCCCCACAACCUUCAAGCCUCAGACGCUGGGGGAUUACAUGAUCCGAAUAUUUACGGACGUGGAGGCGGACUGCAGGGAGCUGAUAGAGGAUAAACCCAAAAUCAAAUGCUGGAGCUCUUUUCUGGGAUACCCGCAGGUCGUGACCCACGUCUACGUCCAUGGAGCUGAGGGGCUGCAGAACCAGGAGAACCCAGGAGGUGCAGACCCAUAUGUGAUCAUAUCCUGUGAGGGCCGCUCGGUGCGCUCCAGCAUCAAGAAGGACACUUUGAAACCAGAAUUCGAAACCAGCGGCAUUUUCUACAGGAAGAAGCCCAGGAAGCCUGUAACUGUGCAGGUGUGGAACAGCAACACGGUGCAGGACGAGUUCAUGGGCCAAGUGGUGCUGUCCGGCUCGGUGAAGGACAACACCGAUCCCCAGAGCCUCCAGCUGAGGAAGCGGGGCCGGCAGAUGGCCGACGAGAUGCCCGGCAUCAUCGGCGUGAGGAUUGUCAGUUCCACUCAGCUGCUGGCCAUGUGACCUCGGCCUUCAGUGACUUAAGAGAGAGAGCCGAGUCAUUGCUGAGUCACUGGACUACGUAUGGAGGACAGAAGCACCAAAACCAGCAGCUUUGAUUUCCACCAGUGUAGAACACACGUGAUCACUCUGAGCAGUUUUACACUAUUAGAAACAGGGCACUAUUGGACAGAGUGAAUGUCACUUCCUGUUAAUUACUUUGUAUACAAUAUUCUUUCCUUUUUAAUUUCUCUGAUUACUUUUCUAAACAAAUGUUUCUUUAAGUUUUAUAUCAACAUUUAUCAAGGUUGCUUGUGAAGACACCAUCCCUCUAUAUGCUACACUACACAUACUGUGAGUAAUAUGGUCUUUGCCAUAUGAUUUUCAUAUUUAUGACCUGUUUCUCUACAUUCAUCACAAUGCAGAGAAACGUACUAAACAGCAUGUACAACUUCA